AGCUCUUCAUGAACUGGUCUGCUCACGCGCUACCUCCGACAGUCCCACCUACCAUUCUCAGCCGGUGCAUCUUGCCUUCCUGAUAUAAAGAGAUUGCAGGACCAGGCAUUCGAUCACUAGUAUUGUGUCGUAUGCCCUGACCCCACUUGACUACUCUGGCACCAGGUACCACCACCACCACCACUACAUGGAUUUCUCGGCCACACAUGAAACUCCUGCUGAGCGAGCGGCCAUGAAUGAUUUCAAGGCGAAUAUCUGGGAGGUCUUCCAGCCAUUAUACGAAGACAAGUGGGACCAAGCGCGCUGGAAUGCUGCAGUGGCAAGGUUCAAAACCGCACACGAGCCAGCGGUCGUGGAAACCUUUAUGAAACGGGCGCGUCUGCCGACGUGGGACGCGCUCGAAGAACAAAUGAAGAAGGGUCCACCGGCGUUUCUUCGUCCUGGGUGGACCAGCCCCUUAUUGGGAAAGAGAGUCGACAUGGGGUGGCUCGACACUGACUCGUUUGAGUGUAUCAGGCCGAGCAAGGACGGCUGGCGGAAUAAGAAGGUCCUCGUUGUCGAGUUCUGGGCAUCCUGGUGCCGCCCAUGUCAUGUGGUCUGCGACAUCUUGUCAGAUAUCGCGAAAAAGCCGGACGUCAAGGUUAUCACCUUCAAUCACGAAGGUAUCUUCACGAAAGCGGACAUCAACAGGACUGUGGUCAAGGGCUUCGUGGAUUCUCGGGGCGACAUGAACUAUCCCAUCUAUAUCGACUCGCAGCGCGUAGCCAUUCGCUCCGUGAAGUUUGGUAUUGCAUGUGCCGUCAUCCAGGAUUGGCAGUCCGCAGUCAAUAAAUUCGUGCGUGACAUCAGGGAGUGCAGGGUCUCUAUCGCGGUUUACCGCCAUGUCCACGUCAUAAAUGAAGUGUCCGCCCACGAGAUGUACUAUUAUCUUCGGCUAACGUUAUCCAAAGCAGUCAAACCAGGAUCUUGGAAGCGAAAAAUCGAGACAGAGAAACCGCCGGGCUUCGAACGGAGAAUGUCAGAUAUUGUUGACUUGACAAACGAAGACAGCGGGGACGAUGAGCGCGACGAUGCCUUUGGACCAGACUUGCGAUCCGAGUCCCCGCUGAGCCCGGUGGCACGCUUGCAGCUACACACCGCCAUUCUGACAUGUCCUGAGGACAAGCUCCGUGGAAUCCUGUCAGAACUCGUUGAACCUAGUCACCGAGAGGCCCUCUGCAGACAGGCAUGGAGGAGUCGAGGGGCCCUACAUUCCGAGAUGGGAGGGGAGCUGGAAGUCGACGAAGAAAUGUUUGCGGAUUGGGACGAACGUUGCCACGGUCCUAUGAAGACUGAGAGCAAUAUUCGCGAGUUCCCCGAGAACUUCACCUGGUCUUGUUGCGAGGGCGACGCCAGCUCGGAGGGCUGCACAGAUGGGGAGCACGUGCCUGAAGGCCCUAGGAAGAAACGUGCUCGGCACUGCAUUUAUUCCUCGGAACCGGAACUUAUGGAACCCGAAAAUUUUGAUCCUCUUGACUCUUCGCAAGACAAUCCUGACCUCAGCAUGUUGUCUCCCACAGAGGGAUACGACUAUAGUAUGGAAGACCCUUUUCCCGUCUGCGAGCCUGAGGUUCAGGCUGAGGGCCCCCUCGGCGCGCUGCGCGCUCGCUCGGGCCCUCAACUGAAGGAAGCCAUGCAGCUCGUCAUUGAGUGCUACACUCAAACCCGCCUGCAGGAGAUCCUCAAGGCUCUGGUCGAUUCGGACGACGCUGUGGCCGACACCAUUUUCCCGGAGCUUCUUCUCCUGACGCCAUCCUCUGAAGACCCUGACUCUCCAUCUAAGACUUCUCUCGACGUGUUCUCGCCGCGAUGGGAGUGCUGCGAGAAUUGCCGGACCGAAUACGACGCAGGCCUUCCCCGUGUCGCGGGCGAGUGCAGUGGCCCGCGUUCUCCAGGAUUGGAGGAAUGCGGGAGGGAUGCGUAUUUUUUGGAUGCCAUGGACUUGGCCAGGAAUGCCUCUUUGACCUAUCAUGAACCGGAUCGUGUCAAAUUUGAACAUAAGCCUUCGCGGAGGCGCGCGCUCCAUGACGAGAUAUACGGGAUGGAACUGUGA